GUGCGCAAGGUGAUUGAUGGCAUGAACAAACCAGAGCUGUGUCGUGCGGAUAUGGACGUGAUCGAUGAGAUCAACACACUCUUUCCGACCGAACAGUCAUUGUCACAGUUGGACACAGUAAUGCAGUCAAUCGAAAAUGAACUCGUCUCGUUGGAUUGUGAGUUAGCCGAUUUGGUGGAGACACAUGGCACGGCACGUGAUGACGGUGAUAGAGCUCUUGCUGAGGCACACGCUGCGAUGAGUGAGCUUGAGCAACGUAUCGAAGCCAUUCAUCUGAAGACACAAUCCUCAGAGACAGUCGUACAAGAGAUGACUCGGGAUAUAAAACAGCUUGAUGUUGCUAAACGUAAUCUUACGGCAUCCAUCAAAACACUUCACCAUUUGCAUAUUCUGCUUACUGGUGUUCAUUCUCUUGGUAUGGAUUUUGAUUUGCUUUUGGUCGAUUUCUUAUGUUUUCAUCAAUUUUAA